UUCUAGACAAACAUGGGGAGGAGAUGGGGUGAGAAGCAUACUAUUGUGGUUAGAAAUGAUCAGUGCUAUUAACACUACACAUAAGUAAUGUGGUUGCCAGGGUAGCUGCUUUAAAAGAGGAAGAAAAUGGGCUGGAAGAAACCUUCAUUGAGUUGGGGUGGGGUCUCAGUUGGUAUAUAUUUCUGAGCAGCUGGUAGUAUGUAAGAGGCUUGGAAUUGGCAACAUCUAAAACUGUCUUAGCAGUGCUUAGCUGACCUCACCCAAGUUCCAAGUACUACUUUGCCUGAUCCUUUUUUCCUGAGCCUCAGAGUUAAAAUGCUCCUGUGCUCUUUCCUAUUGGCUAGGGAGACCAAUUGAAGUUCCCUUGCCCAUGUUAGGAGGUGUCCGCCUCCUGAACUAAAGAUAGAAACAGCUGGCCCUUUCAGGCAGCUAAAAGCCUCCGGACUAAGAGGUGUUCCCCACACGACAGCCAGACUCCUUGAAAUACCCUUUCAGUUAUUCUGCCAACGCCUCCAUGUCUCUGCUCUGCCAUAACAAAGGCUGUGGGCAACAGUUUGACCCCAGUACCAAUCUCUCUGAUUCCUGUCGCUAUCACCCUGGGGUCCCAAUCUUCCAUGAUGCACUAAAGGGAUGGUCCUGUUGCCGAAAGCGAACUGUAGAUUUCUCAGAGUUUUUAAACAUCAAGGGCUGUACUAUGGGACCGCAUUGUGCUGAGAAGCUUCCUGAGGCCCCUCAGCCUGAGGGCCCUGCUACAAGUUCACUUCAGGAACAAAGACCUCUGAAUACAAUUCCAAAGUCAGAAGAGACCUUGCUCAGAGAGAGGCCCAAGUCAGAGUUGCCUCCAAAGUUACUGCCACUAAAUGUAUCUCAAGCCUUGGAAAUGGCAUUGGAACAAAAGGAACUAGACCAAGAACCUGGGGCAGGACUUGAUAGUAGUCUGAUCCGGACUGGUUCCAGCUGCCAGAACCCAGGAUGUGAUGCUGUUUACCAAGGCCCUGAGAGUGAUGCUACUCCAUGUACCUACCACCCAGGAGCACCUCGAUUCCAUGAGGGGAUGAAGUCUUGGAGCUGUUGUGGCAUCCAGACUCUGGAUUUUGGGGCAUUCUUGGCACAGCCAGGAUGCAGAGUUGGUAGACAUGACUGGGGGAAGCAGCUGCCAGCAUCUUGCCGUCAUGAUUGGCACCAGACAGAUUCUUUAGUAGUGGUGACUGUGUAUGGCCAGAUUCCACUUCCUGCAUUCAACUGGGUGAAGGCCAGCCAAACUGAGCUUCAUAUCCACAUUGUCUUUGACGGUAACCGCGUGUUCCAAGCACAGAUGAAGCUCUGGGGGGUCAUAAACGUGGAGCAGAGCUCUGUCUCCUUGAUGCCAUCUCGGGUUGAAAUCUCCCUGGUCAAGGCUGACCCAGGAUCCUGGGCCCAGCUGGAGCACCCUGAUGCACUAGCUGAGAAGGCUAGGGCAGGGGUUGUAUUAGAGAUGGAUGAGGAAGAAUCUGAGGAUUCAGAUGAUGAUCUGAGCUGGACAGAGGAGGAGGAAGAGGAAGCGAUGGGGGAAUAGUGACACAAGAAGUUGAGUAUCUAGUUAGGACCUCAGUGACUCCCUUAGAAUCUGAGACCAGAAUAUGGUUGACAUUUGGUGUCAUUGAGCAGCAGGAGGCUGAAGAUGGGGAGAACAAAACUGUCCAAAACAUGCUGUUUUUCCCUUAAAUAAAUCUUGUAUUCUGCAGUUUCA